AUGCAGAGAGUCACGGUCAAGGAAAAUGACCAAGGUGGGAAGAAAAUAUCUCUCCAGCAACGUUGCAACACAUCCGUGAAUAUGGAAGGAUCUUGGAAACUCGUUCUUUUCGCCGCUUUCGUCGCUGUCGCUAGCGCCGGAGUUGUUGGUACCUACCACUCCGCUCCAGCCUACGCCACCUACAGCGCCGCUCCAGCUGUUGCUAGAGUUGCCUCCUACAGCGCUGCCCCAGCUGUUGCCGUUCACGCUGCUCCAGCUGUCGCCACCGUCCACGCCGCCCCAGCUGUUGCUGCCGUCCACGCUGCUCCAGUUGCCGCCGUUCACGCUGCCCCAGCCGUCGCCGUUCACGCCGAAGAAUACGAUCCAAACCCAAGCUACAGCUACGCCUACGAUGUUCAAGACCACCUCACCGGAGACAGCAAAUCCCAACACGAAACCAGACAAGGUGAUGUUGUCAAGGGAUCUUACUCUUUGACCGAACCAGACGGUUCCAGAAGAACUGUCGAAUACACCGCUGACCCACACAACGGAUUCAACGCUGUUGUCCACCGUGAACCAGCUAUCCUUAUAUCCAAAGCCUUCCUUUCUAAGAUUUCCUGCACCAGAUCUUUUAUCGAGUCGUUUUACAUCUCCGUAGAAAAGGUCUUUUGGUGCUUAAAUCUUUGUGUUUUACAAUGUUUCAGUAUUUGUUAUAUUUUGUAA